AUGCACGCUGUAUUAUUACGUUAUCAUAAUUGCAGCGUAUCUCUAUUGUAUUCGUUGAACUGCGAACCAUAUUUGCAAAAUGAAGGUGUUAAAUUCCAUUAUGUGGAAGCGGGAGAUAAAACCAAACCGCUUGUGUUAUUAUUACAUGGAUUCCCUGAUUGCUGGUUAACGUGGAGGAAACAGAUCCCAUGCCUCACAGAACAUUACAGGGUAGUUGCUAUAGAUCUAAAAGGAUUCGGCGAUAGCGAUAAACCGCUCAACAGGCGAUCUUAUAAAGUCGAAAUUUUAAUAGACGAGUUGAAACAAUUCAUUUUGACUUUCGGUGUGAAGACGUGUAGUAUAAUCGGUCAUGACCUAGGAGGACUUCUAGGAUGGUAUAUGGUCGCUCUACACAGAGAUCUCGUUUAUAAAUUCGUAGCCAUUUCGAGUCCGCAUCCUAAUUUCUAUUGGAAUAGAGCAUCAGGAAAUUCUGCAUUAGAUGGAAGAUGGAUACAUUUCAGUAGAUUACCAUUUCUGCCAGAAAUAGAUGCCCUUAAAGAGGACUUAUCUAUUAUCAAUGAUAUAUUUCAACAUCUUCAAAUAUCUCAAGAUGGGAUAGAAAAAAGCUAUGUCGAGGCAUAUAAAUAUGUCUUCAGUAGGAAAGAGGAUUGGACAGGACCGAUUAAUUAUUAUCGUAAUCUUCCAUUCACAAGAUUGAACAUUGAUAAUGGCGAACAAAUUGACAACAAAACGCUACUUAUAGUCGGAAAUAUGGAUCCUUUUGUAACGAUAGAGAGUAUCAUACAAAGUGCCGAACAUGUAGAAGUGUCCAGAGUUAAAGUUAUAUCAGAGACGCGGCACUUUCCGCACCAAGAAAAAUCAGACGCCGUGAAUAAGGCAAUCAUUAAAUUUCUUAUAGGUACGACAUGUAAUUCGAUGCCUUCAAAAACACCCGCAAAGAGUCUCAUGUCUUCCUGGAUAGGAUCUUUAAGUAAUACCGUUAAAUAUGGUAAUCAAAUGAUCGACGUUGUGCACAAACGAACUAAUGAUAUUGUUAAUGUGUUACCGAACAAAGUACUUUAUUUGGGACAAACAAGUUAGAUGGUGUUAUCUAAUAUCAGCGUUAUUUAGAAUUUUGCACUUUGUUACGAAAAAUCUAGAUAUUCUACCUGCAUUAACGCUGGCGUAUGAAACUCAUAAAAGGCUGAUUUGGUCCUAUUUAUUAUUACUUGUUUCUUAUAUAAGUAUAUAUAUAUAUAUAUAUAUA